AUGGCCGGUUAUGAGUACGUGAACGCCGAGCAACUCGCCGGCUUUGAUAAGUACAAGUACAGUGCUGUGGACAACAACCCUCUUUCCCUGUAUGUCAUGCAUCCGUUUUGGAACACUGUAGUUAAGAUUUUCCCUAAGUGGCUGGCCCCAAAUUUGAUAACAUUUUCUGGUUUCCUGCUACUUGUCUUCAACUUCUUUCUCAUGGCAUACUUUGACCCUGAUUUUUAUGCUUCUGCACCAGAACAAAAGCAUGUUCCAAACAAAGUGUGGGUCCUAGUAGGUCUUCUCAAUUUUGCGGCUUAUACUCUAGAUGGUGUGGAUGGCAAACAGGCACGUCGCACCCAAUCCAGCUCCCCACUUGGGGAACUCUUUGACCAUGGCCUGGACAGCUGGGCUUGCAUGUUUUUUGUGGUGACCGUGUACUCCACUUUUGGCCGAGGAUCCAAUGGUGUCAGCGUUUUUGUCCUCUACCUGCUCCUCUGGGUAGUUUUGUCCUCAUUCAUCCUUUCCCAUUGGGAGAAGUAUAAUACAGGGAUUCUCUUCUUGCCUUGGGGCUACGAUAUCAGCCAGGUGACCAUUUCAAUAGUAUACAUAGUGACAUCCAUCAUAGGAGUGGAGGCCUGGUACAACCCUUUCCUGUUUCAUUUUUUAUAUAAGGAUCUGUUUGUUGCUAUGAUAAUUGGCUGUGCGCUUACUGUGACUGUUCCCAUGAGCUUGAUCAAUUACUACAAAGCCUAUGCCAACAGCACCCUGAAGCACCACUCCUUCUAUGAAGCCAUGCUGCCUUUCCUCUCGCCAGUCCUCCUUUUCAUUUUGUGCACCAUUUGGAUCUUCCAGUCACCGACAGAUAUCCUGGAGACCCAUCCACGCCUCUUCUAUUUCAUGGUUGGGACCGCCUUCGCAAAUAUCUCUUGUCGAUUGAUCGUCAGUCAGAUGAGCAGCACUCGAUGUCAGCCAUUGAACUGGCUGCUUCUUCCACUUGCGCUUGUUAUCCUUGUAGUGAUGUCAGAUUUGGUACCAGAACAGGAAACAAAAUUCCUCUAUUUAAUCACCAUUUUCAUCACCUUGGCACACAUUCAUUAUGGAGUCAAUGUGGUGAGGCAGCUUAGUAAACACUUCAACAUCCGAACCUUUUCUUUACAAAAGCCCAGCUCUGAUUGACUAGGCAUGGAAAAGGUAUCAUCAGAGGAAAACGUCAGCCUGCGGUCUUCAGAGGCACUGUAAAUUUGGUAGCCUGUGUAAAUAUACUUCAACCAUCACCAUGGAACUAGAUUUAACCCGCUUUGGAUGGUUUGGGGGCAAAGGACAUGUGGGACCCAGAAACCAGAGAAGGCUAUUGUUCAUGUCUCCUCCCAUGCCGCUUCAUGCCACCUUUCAGAAAUGUGCAGACAGUAAAGCUACAUGAUCAGGAGAGGACCUCAUGGAAUCUUCAAAGAAAGAUCAUCAGGCAGAGAGGCAUGGACGAUGGCUUUAGAACUAUAAGAUUGCCACAGAACUGUCAUCAUGACUAUGCUGAGAACGAGGGGCCCACGAAACUACCCUUGGGAACUGAAGUACAUUAUUGCAAACUGUUCCACAUCCUAAAAUCAGAGACCCAGUU